AUGAUCCCAUGUCGCUCUAGCUCCACUUAUUUCCAGUCCGACUCCCAGAUUGUUUAUCGCCGUUUCAAACUCGGAUAUACGAAUUUUCAAUUUCUCAGCUUAACAGAUCAUCUCGUUUCCGCAUCGAUUCUCGAUCUGCUUGACAUGCCUUAUCGAUUAACCCAAAAUCCUUCGCCGUUAAUUCCCUCGGUUCCGCAACUUGACGGAAACUCGGUAGUCUUCCCGGCGUGGCGUUCUCGGAUCGAGGAUGUCCUUGCGAUCCAGGGGGUGCUCGACAUCGUCCAGGGCAAAGUUCCUCGCCCAAAAGCCGAAGCAACUGACGCAAAGCCUCUAGUCCGUACCGAAAAAGGGUACAAUCCUGAAGAAUUCCGAACUGAUUGGGAUACCCUAUCGGAUGUUGCUCGAUCAACGAUCAAGCUCACCCUCUCUGUUGACCUAUCCAUUCGUUACCGCGACAUCAAGCCGGCAAGCAAGCUCUAUGAUCAAAUAUGCGAGGCAUAUGAGAAGAAUACUCGAGCUCGCCGACUAAUGCUCGAAGAUGCCUUCUGGACCGCUAAACACGAUCCCAAUGUCCCAAUUGCCAAAUGGAUCGCUCCGGUGCGAAUGGCGGCUUCUGACCUCACUAGCGUAAAACUGACUCCUCACAAUCAACAAGUAUGCGAUCGUUUACUUAGGGGACUCGACGACUCAUGGAAGCCGAUCAGAGAUCAUUUAGUCUACUCUCCCAACGAGGUCUUGUUGGACGGCACCAUUGGGGCUCUGGAAUCGCACGAGGUCUCGACUCAAGUCUCAACCGAUCACUACGACGCCUCGGCCUCUAUGACGAAGGCAAAACCUAAGCUCGGUUGCUGGAACUGUGGCCAGAAGGGCCAUCACUCAUCCAAAUGUCCCAAUCCCUCCAUCAAGAAGAAAUCAGGAACUCAAUCGUCAUCAACGGAGGCUCGCGCUGGAGCGGUCUCAUUUGCGACUCUUGGCAACUACUCAGAAGGUGAAGAGGACGACGAUGACGGAUGCGACGUUGUUUGGGGCUAA